CCCUCAGUGAAUAAGGUUCUACUGCUUUACAGGCAGAUUUUAAAGCGAGGAAAGUCACUGAAGUACACAGAUUAUGAUUUUUUUCGGCGGACGAUCAGACGAGAGUUCGAACAGCAAAGGGAUGAAGUGGAAAUCAAAGUCAUUAAGGAACAGUACGAGGUACUCUCACAUCAAUUUUGUAACAGUUCUACUGUUUUAUUGUUUUGAACCCUUCACCAUUUUUUUAUGUUCUUCUUGGUUAACCCUCACCUAAUAUACGGCGUACAUGUACACGCCUGCCAUACUCUUCACCCUGACUCUUAGACCAUUUUCUUUUUCUCCGUUAAGCGUCGUCUGACCGACCCAAAUUUUUGGCGUUUAAAAAAAAAAACAAAACAAAACAAAACAAAACAAAAAGUAACGAUGUAGUUAAACCAUUUUUCACUUGAAAUAAUUCUUUUAAUCUGAAAAAUGAGCAUAGUAACAGCAUAGAGAACAACAGGAACAAAAACAUGAACAUUUUUUACAGUAUAUUGUCCAUUUUGUUAAUCCAAAUAUGUGAAUGUUAACUUUUAACGUCGUCCUGGGGUACCAGGGCCUACUAUUCCGAGACUUCAUGUGAAUUCCUUUUUAGGUUUUUUUUUUUUUCAAUCCGACCGACCGACCCAAUAUCAGAAAACGCAUUCGACGCUAAACACAAAAAAAGGUGGGAUGGCAUUAGUUGAAAAAGGCAUAAGAUUUUUAUCCCGAGCUGGAAGUCCAGAAUGUUUCGUAGAGAACUCGAUCGAAGACAUCCUAAGACUUUCUGAAGAUUUUAAAGGCCUUCCAAGCACUCUGAAAUUCUCGAGAAAGAAAAAAAAAAAAAAACCUCCCUUUAAUGCAUCAGUCAAAUCCAACAGCACCCAACCACAGUUACAUUUGACUGAUGCAUAAAGCUGGAUAGAGUUUUCCGUUUAUCUACAACCACUCACAUAUGGGUUGGGGGGGGAUUAAUGAAGAUAAUAAAAUGUCUUUAUUCUUCUUGUUUUACUGUAUUGUCUUUUUAUUAGAAAGGGGCACACUUUCUGAAGUCAAAUUUAGGAGGACUACAGUGA